AUGCGACGCACUCCUCCGACUACCAACUUCCUUGCCGCCACCGACGCCGCCUUCUCCACCGCCGCAAUGUCUUUACGUCCUUAUCACCGAGGUCACCGUAGAGGAUACUCCGGCCGCUCAUAUGCCGGAGGGAGGGACAAGUUCGUUACUGGAGACGAUCACUUACAGUCAGUCCGCGACGCGAACUCAGCAAUCCGGCAAGGCGAGAGAGGAAGCUCUGCGAAUCAAACGCAGUACUAUCAGAAUCCACCUCACGAUCCCAGGUUUCGUCCGCCACUGUUUUAUUAUCAAAAUCCACCUUACAAUGCUCAUCCACCGCCUCAAUAUCAGAAUCAGUCUUUCAAUCCAAGGCCUCAUCCACCGCCGCAAUAUCAGAAUCAGUCUUUCAAUCCAAGGCCUCAUCCACCGCCGCAAUAUCAGAAUCAGUCUUACAAUCCAAGGCCUCGUCCUUAUCCUCAUCGGCCGCCGCAUUUUCGGCAGCCGAAUGAUCACCGACGUGAAUCUCGCCCGCUGCAGAAUUUUCGCCCAAAGCCUCAGGAUUAUCGAGAGUGGGAGCUUGCUUUGACACCGCCACCUCCUCAUUGUGCAGAAAGGUUUAAAGUCCUUUCCUAUAAUAUAUUGGCCGAUUACCUUGCUAUGGACCACUGGAAAAAACUUUAUUAUCAUGUACCUUCUUACAUGUUGGACUGGCGGUGGAGAAAGAGUAAAAUUAUGUCUGAGCUUGGCUUGUGGAAUGCUGAUAUCAUGUGUUUUCAGGAGGUUGAUAAAUUUGACGAGUUGUUGGAGGAUUUGAAAUUUAAAGGAUACAGAGGCAUCUGGAAGAUGCGUACGGGCAAUCCAGUUGAUGGUUGUGCAAUCUUUUGGCGAACAUCAAGGUGCAAUUUGUUAUAUGAAGAAAGCAUAGAGUUCAAUAAGUUGGGUCUUAGAGACAAUGUUGCUCAAAUAUGUGUACUAGAGUUCAUCAAUCAAAAUGGAUCUCUCCCACCCAGCUUGACAGGUUCUCGUAAAGUUGUGGUUUGCAACAUCCAUGUGCUUUACAAUCCAAAUAGAGGAGAUAUUAAGCUUGGCCAGGUCAGAGUCCUACUGGAUAAGGCUCAAGCUGUUUCUCAACUUUGGAAUAAUUCCCCUAUUAUUAUCUGCGGGGAUUUUAAUUGUACCCCUAAGAGUCCACUGUACAACUUUAUCGCAGAACAAAAGUUAGAUCUAUCUGGAAUAGAUAGGAAUAGAAUAUCAGGGCAAGCUUCUGCUGUAAUUCGCGCACCAUGGACUUACAGUCCAAAUUCUAGGGAAAAAAUAUUUGCUAACGGUUCAGUUCUGGCCGCAUCCGCUGAAGGUGACAAGGGAGUUACAAUUGGACAAAAUAGUUCUUUGUCAAACAUGCAGAAUCCGACCAGUGAGAGUAGCAGUUCUGAAAAUCAAAAUUCCCGUCCUGCUUUGGAUAUGUCUAAUCAGACAAAUGUGCAGUGUAGUAGGGAGAGUGAUGCAUGUGGAGGAAAAGAUACUCAGGGGGCUGUUGACCAUAAUAUGGUUAUUGGUGAAGUUGAUGGCAUGAAAGAAGUUCCAAAUCCUAAUAAUAUCAUUAGAAUCCCUACUGAUCAUAUAAAUGAUGAUGAAAUUCUUGACGUCACACCUAUAAUGCCUUCAGCUCUUGAGACAGUUCAAACUGACCCAACCGGGAUGGAUAGCACAGAACAUAUAUCAGAUGCUAUCUCAACUUCAAGUCAAGAAUCUUUGAGUGAAAACUCCAACUUGCAUGACCGUGUAAAUGAAAAACUAGAGAAUUUUUCCCUUGAUGAUUUAGAUAAAGCUGAUGUAAGCAUUGGGAGUAUUGGUGAAGAUGCCAUUGAUUUCAUAAAUGCCUUACAUAAUGCCGAAGAAGAAAGCAAUGAAGGGAAGGAUGCCUUAUCUCCAAGUCUGAUUUCCAAAUCUAUUUUCGCUGAGCAAACUACUUAUAAACCAUCAUCAUGGACCCCUGCUGAGAUAGAAACUGCAACAGGAAAUGCAGAGAGCACAUUCUUGGAGCACCCUUUAUUGCUCAAGAGCACAUACACCGAAGCUACGAACUCUUCAGGGACUAGAGACCCCAAUGGUGAACCCUUAGUAACCAGCUACAACAAGUGCUUCUUGGGCACUGUUGACUACAUUUGGCGAUCUGAAGGUCUGCAAACAACCAGAGUUCUUGCUCCAAUACCUAAACAUGUCAUGGAAAGCUCCCAAGGAUACCCAACUAAGAAAUGGGGUAGCGAUCAUAUUGCCUUGGUUUCAGAGUUAGCAUUCUUGGAAGAUGGUACUACUACUACUACCAUCAGCAAGGACGUUGUAUAG